UCAUUCAAUGCACAUAGCACACACAAAUUAAGAGGAAGAGAUGCAAGCUUUGUGGGUGUCCUUGAAGGACAAUGUCAAAUGUGGAAACAAGCUCUCUGAUGUAAUAAGAAAGCCACCAAAAUGUGACAAAGGAAAAGAUGAGAAAUUGAUCAAACAAGAAGAAGAUGAAGAUAAUGGUCCCCUCUUGGAAACUCCAGCUAGCUUAGUUGUUUCCAAGCCAAACAACACAAUGGCAAGGCUCUAUGAGCUUGGAAUUGGAGACCAAUCAAGAAAAAUUGUUGAGAUGAUAUUUCAGAAAGCUUGGAUGAACACCUCAAAGCCAUUGAGGAAGGUUAGAACAGUUUUGAGGGUGAGGUACUCAGAACAAGUCCUUGAAAGGUUUGAAAAGUACAGAGAAAAAGUGAAGAAACAGUAUCCAAGGCAUCCAAGAAGUACUGUUGAUGGAAAUGAAUUGUUGAGAUUCUAUGUCACUACAAUGAGAUGUUUUCAAGGGAAACCUGUGAAGAAAGUUCAUGAUGUUUGUAAAGAUUCGUCGUGUCGUUUUUGUCAACUAAUUCAAUUUAAUUUCGACGCGGAGAUUCAGUUGAAUACAAGUGACAAAGAAUUGAGUAACAUAAAAAGUGUCAAUGCUGCAAGAGUGAAGAAUGUGAAAAGAGUUUCAAUAGUUUGCAGGAUAAUUGCUGGAACUGAAGUGAAUGAAGUUGAUGGUAAAUAUGAAGAAGGGUCUGAAUCUGACUCAACUAGGCUAGGAGAAAUGCAAUUUAGCUUAGAAAGAUUUGUAGUGAAAAAUCCAUGUUCUAUUCUUCCUUGUUUUGUAAUAAUUUUCAGCUGACAUGUUUUGUAGGUAUAUAUUGUCACUUUUUCUUUUUUAUCUUUGGUUAAUGCCAGAGUUAUGCAUUCUAAAACACAUGCGUUAACUAAAA